GUUGGAUGUCGACUUCACUGCCACACGGGUAUAGUUGGGCAUGAACUGACGAAAAGAUACGCGUGUGUUAACACGAAUCACAGCAAGACGUAUUUGUGGCAACUGAGUUAAAAUUGCUCAUUAACCCGUGUGGCAACAAAUGUUUAUCCUUCCGGUCCACUAUUUCAAACAAAACGUUUCGUCUUACCUUAUCGAGCAGGUUAUUAUGUAUGUUUUAGUUCUUGAAAAUCAAUGAUAUGGAAGCUGCCCUUGGCUGCAUCGGCUGGUUCCUUUCAAUCACAGCAGUUAUAGGGAACAGUUUUGUGAUCAUUCUGGUAGCCUUAAGUCGUCGACUUCACUCCAAUGCCAACUGGUUCGUCCUUUCUCUUGCAGUAGCCGACACAAUAAUCGGAUUCACCAUAUUUCCACCAGCAUAUUUUUGCACCGCAGAGAAGUGCAACAUGAACAUGAUCACGGCAUUCUUUUGGUUUUCCCUUCACUCUUCGGUCUCGAAUCUCUGCGCCUUGACCUGUGAUCGCUACAUCGCCAUCGUUCACCCUUUAAAAUACAACGCUUCUUUUACAAAGAGACACCCUGGACUUGUAAUUAUGACAACAUGGUUGCUUGCUUUUACAAUUUCGUCGUCAAAUUUGGUGACAAAAUACGUGACAAAAUCUGACACAAUACAGAAGGGUUUAUUUUUUAUUACCGUCCCUGCAUGUCUCUUACUUUCCUGUGUACUACUCUUUUAUGCCGUGAUUCGCAUCAUUGUUGUGGCACACCAGCAAAAGCAGCAAGAAGUGGUCAUACAAAUUCAACUUCGCUGCAACCAAUUAUCCAGUGUCGGAGAAGACAAUGCAUUGUGUCGUAGACGCAACAAGAACAACUCAGCUCCCUUCAUAAUUGCUGUAGUAUUUUUCUUCUUGGGAUGCUACUUAACGGUAAAUAUUUUAAUUUUGUGCAUCAAUUUUUCUUGCGAUGUUUCCGAAAGAACUGGAAAUGUGGUUACUAUUCUCCUUAUCUUAAACUCCACGGUGAACCCUUUGGUCUACGCGUGUUCAAAAAAGGACGUCAAGAGAGAACUAGCAAUACUUAUUCGCAAAUGGAAAAUCAAACUCAACAGUUCUAUAUAAACCUUAGUAUGAUAGGCAAAAAAUGGAAUUUACUUAUUUUUCCCAUUUUUUCUUUUCUUCCAUCAUAGAGCGCUCACAUAAGUACAAUCUCAUUAUUAAUUCUGAAGAAGGCGGCAAUGUUUUGUGGUGGUAAUUAAUCAUGAAAAUUAUGUAAAUGCUUUGAGUGUUUCAAAGUACCAUUAUUACACUCUUGCGUUGCCACCUGAUCACGAGAAAAUAGGACGAGGAAAAGAUCGUCAAUUCGUUUCUAGUUCUUCGCUUUUGUAGUCGAAAUUUCUCCGUGGUAUUUCCAAAAUAAAAAAAAUGUGUGAAUAUGUACAGCAUGCAUUAAAUGAUCAGGUGCAAAUUUCUAAUGCAAAUGAAUAUAGAUAAAAUUCAUAAAUUAGACUGAGAUCAAAUGCAACUUAUUCAUUCUCGACUAAUUAGGCCCGGUUCAAACGUCGAACUGUACAUGUGCCGAACCUAACAGGUUCGGCAUAUGUAAAGUUCGACGUUUGAAUCAAUUAGGAUCGACGCUUUUGUAUUAGGGUGGACUCUGCCGUUCUAUUCGACUGAGCUUGUCGAAUAGAACGGCAAAAGAUCGACUUCGAUUCAUACGUCGAUCUUCAAUGGAAAAGGAAAUCUGGCAAAUUUGAAUAGUUCUUGGGAGAGGAGUUUUCUUGAACAAUGUUUGUCUUGCGACUUCGAAAUUCCGGCGGAACAGAAUUAGAGGUUUCCCUAUUUCAUACCCUGGCAAGGUAGCUUUCACAGUCGUAUUCAAAAUUAAUUUUGAAGGUUAAUUAAAUGUAGAUACACAUAUUGACACAGAUGAGUGGAUACUGCAAAUUCCUUUAGAUAAAUAAGGUUAAAUUAAAGCUACUGUAUGGACUGAUGCAGACCCACUAUAUUAAUAACUACAGAAUACAAAGGAAUCAAAAAAUUGGUAACUACCUAUAUAAGGCCAAGAGUGAGAUCUUAAAUUGACCGAGCGAUAACGAGGUCAAUACGGCUAGGCCGUUCGGGUCGAAGUUAUUAAGGUUACUUCUCCUCUUCAGUGGGAAAGUCGUUUUUUCUUUUAUUUGACUAGAUUGA